UAUUGCUUACAAUAUGUUAACAGUUUUUAUUUUGGUAGUCUCUUUCAGUAUUUAUCCAACGGUAUGGCCGCUAAAUUUGUAAAUGAAGUGGAACGCAUCUCCCCGAAAAAAUGCGAGAACCUCGAUUAUGGGAAGACUUACCUCGAAAGGUUGACCAAAAUGCGUAUCAAUCAGAAGCUCUUUGAUUUUUCUCUGGACGUAGAUGGUGAGCUCAUCUACGUGCACAAACUUGCACUCGCUAUUGCCUCUGAUUACUUCGCCGCGAUGUUUGAAGCUGAUAUGAAGGUAAGGAAGGAAGGGACUGUCAAGCUGCAGGAUGUGGACGUAGUUGCCGUUAAGGUACUUGUUGACUAUAUCUACAGCGGGGUCAUCACGCUUACUGAAGGUAACGUCGAAGCGGUAUUAUCUGCAUCCGACUUAUUCCAGAUCGUUUGGGUGAAAGAGCAAUGUGCCCUACUUCUUAAAAACAACGUGAACCGAGAAAAUUGUUGUCGAGUGCGAAAACUCGCAGAUAUGCACUCUUGCAAAGACUUGCAGGGAGUUUGCCAUCAAUAUAUUUUGGAUAAUUUCGAUGAUUUAGUUGCCGAAGAGCAUCUACAGUUCUUGUCAUUUGACGAGAUCAAGGAAUUGAUAAAGGACGUGCAAAACAUAGUCCAAUUUGAAGACAUUGCUUAUAAGGCUGCAAUAAAUUGGGUCAAACACGACCUAGAGAGAAGAAGAGUUCAUCUCGCGGAGCUCAUGAGCCAGAUACGUUUACCUCUUGUCAGCUCGAAAUUCUUGAGAGAUCACAUUGUUGGUGAACCUCUGCUUACAGAAGAUGAAAAAUGCAAUAAAUUCUUAAUUGAAGUCUUAGCUUAUCAGUUAACGAAAGUUACUCAACUACAUGAAAAAAGCCAAACAGAAACAAUGCAUAGCAACGAAAACUUACAUGUGUUGUUGGGCGGUGGCACAAUGGACCUUGUGACGGGCAUAAAAGAAUGCAAAAUGUACGACAUUUCGAAGAAAUGCUUGGUUUCUAUCAUAAGUAUGAAUGAGGAUAGAUUUUGUAAUUCAUUGGUCCCCGCACACAAUCGAAUUUAUACACUGGGUGGAUAUAACGGCGGUGCUUUAAAUACCGCUGAAUAUUAUGAUCCCGUCAGUAAGCGGUGGAUUUACGUCGCACCUAUGAAUAAUAGUAGAUAUGGUUUUGGCAGUUGCACAUAUAAUGAUUUGGUUUACGUUGUUGGUGGAUACUGUACCUGCACGGUCGAAAGCUAUCAUUCUGCAACAAACACAUGGUACUUGUGUAAGAAUAUCCCUGUAACAGUCGGUCUUUUCAAUCGGGCGACAGUGGAAGAAAAUAGCAUAUACAGUCUGACUCGGGAAACUAAUGGCAAAAAUGCCCUUUUUCGCUUUGACCCGAGAGAGGACAAAUGGUGCGUUUUAAACGUGAUGCCAGCAAGAUCUGCUCAAUAUGAGCUUAUAUCGUAUGAGCGAACAUUAUUUGCUAUGGGAAAAAACGAUUGUAAACGGCUCGACAUACGAAGAAAUAAAUGGGAACCUAUGCCCAAAAUGUUGUCUAAUAGGAUUGGCUUCUCGAUUGUGGCAGCAGCAAAAAAUAUUUAUGCAUUUGGCGGAGAAGAAGGUAACUUCCGCUUCGUUAAAACCGUGGAACGCUUUAACAUAAACAAUAAUGAGUGGACAAUUAUUGACCCCAACGGAAUGCAACAAUGUCGCGGGGGAGCUGCGGUUCUCCCCCGAGAUCUCGACUUCAAUUAAAUAGUGGGAAGAGCACAUCCAUCUUUGCACUUUCCAUAAGUUAUCUUCAAGUUCAUCAAUUGCACCUACCAUUUAAUUACCAUUUCUUGCCAGAAAAUGUGAUCUGCCGAACCUCAACAACUGUUGACCCGUCUAAUAACGAGAAAGAUAUUAAUGUGCGCAAAAUAAAAUUACAAGAAAAUUAACCGUAAGGCCAUCUCAGAGUCAUCUCUUAGCAAAAAUAUGACAUAAUAGUGAAUGCAUGAUAUCGAAGGAGUGUGUCCGAAAUAGACAGCAAUAUGUUCGAUAAAUAGACAAAGUUACCAGAAAUCAGACAAUGAACCGUACAAAAUGAAGAGUGCAC